AUGCUUCUAUUUUUUCUAGCCACGCUCCUGGUGUCAUUGCCCACAAUAGUGUCUGCAGCCAUAUUUCCUCCUGACACUAGGGUCAAGAUGCUAGAUCCAAAAGGGUUUCGUAAAGCUAUGAAGAGUAAUAUGACGAGUGUGGUUGCGUUUGUCGCCCCAUGGAGCGGGCACUGCCAACGGAUGGCUCCCGAGUAUAGCAAGGCUGCUCAGAAUUUGAGUCCACUCAUUCCGUUUUAUGCAGUAGACUGCGAUGCCGAGUUGAACAAGUGGUUGUGCGCGGAACAGGGUGUUCAACUUGAAGGGGUCCCAACCCUCAAAGUCUUCCCUCGUGGUGGCCGGACUGAGCCUGAGCCAUACGACUCCAACGAACUUACUUCUGGCAAGUUCAUCCGCUGGGCCUCGCGCUCCGUACCCAACAACGUGAAAGCUCUCCCGCAUAUCCACGACAUGCCAAUGUGGUUGUACAAGACGAGCGACCUCCCACGUGCCAUCCUCUUGAACGAGGACAAGAAGUUUCCGCUGCUCUGGCAGGUCCUUGCGAAUAACCACUGGAAGAAGAUGGCGUUUGGCCAUUAUACAGACCCGAAUGGCUUAUUUGCGGUAUCGUUAGGGUUCCCAGCGACUGUGGAGGGCAAGACGUCAAAGGUCAUCGUGUAUCCACCAGGAUCCAGCGUGCCAAUUUUGUAUGAAGGGAUGACCAAGUAUAAGCCGUUAACCGAGUUUUUUGAGUCCAUCAUGGUCAGACAUGCAAUGACGGAAUUGUAUAGGUAUUACCUCUACCCUUAGGGAGUGGUGGGUCUUGUCGACUUUGUUUUUGCGGUAGAUCGAUUCUGAGAACCUUUUCUUUUUGCCCUUAAAUAGUAGUCGUUUUCGCCUUAUGUAGUACUCUCACCUUUAGAUAGUAACUGCAGUCACUGGCUGUGUUCAUCGAGCGGUCCAGGCCUUUUUCGGGCCUCGUCCGUACGAUCACUUGCAUCAUGCUCCUCUGUCUCUAUCCACCACUAUGACCUUGAUUUUCCCU